ACCCAUCCCCCGUGCGGUCGCAUCGCAUCCCCCACCCCACCCACCAUCUCGCCUCCUCUCCCGCACGAAUCUGCCAAAGCCACGGGCCGACAGACAGGGGUCGUGGCGGGAGAGAGAGAGAGAGAUCGCCCUCUCGCUCCGCGCUCACUCGCUCGUCCGCCGGCGAUGCUGAGGACCAAGACCCCGCGGCCGCGCGGCGGCAAGGCGCGCCGCGCCGCGCCCGGGGCCGCCUCGGCGGUCAAGCCCGCCAAGGCCGACGGGAGGUCGCCGUCGGGAGAGCUCUCGCUGCAGCUGGAGCACGUCUCCCUCACCUCCUUGCUCUCCGACCGCCGCCCCGCAUCCGGGCUCACGCGCUUCGAGGUGCUCCUAGAGGAAGAGGAGUCGGGCUGCUACCGCGCCGACCCGACCCCGCAGCCGCCGCGACUUCCUGAGCCACAAUCUAUGCCCCCGCCGCCGCCGCCGCCGCCGAUCUCGCAGGCAUCGCCGGUGGACGCAGACGAGACCAUGGAGGAGAAGGAUUGCUGCAUCCUCAGCCAGGAUUUCUUCUGCACCCCGGACUACAUCACGCCGGAGAUGCCGCAGGUGGCCAACGAGUUCGACGACGACGACAAGGAGAACAUCCCCUGCCCAAAAUCUCCGGAGAAGUCAGCGAACCCUCGUAGCAAGCGGUACAGAACCGAUUGUUCUCCCAAAGCUCGGGAGGUUACGGACUUCUCUUUCGACCAUCAGAUUACGCCGGUUCUGUUUGACAGCCUGACUCGAGAUGAUUCGGAAGAAGAGCAGCCGAAGCAGCCUGCGCUGGAAAAGAGGGGUGGUUAUGUCUCCCAGUCAGCAGUGGCUCUGCGUUGCCGGGUGAUGCCUCCGCCAUGCGUCAAGAAUCCAUACCUCAAUACCGAUCCAUGCAUAGAUGCUGCUGUUUACGGUGGGAGGCAGUGCAACUCAGCAGUAUUUUCUCCUUCAAUUGGUGGUAAUGGUCUUUCACGCUAUCGAACUGAUUUCCAUGAAAUAGAGAAAAUUGGUUAUGGCAACUUCAGUGUUGUGUUCAAAGUUCUGAAUAGGAUAGACGGGUGCUUGUAUGCUGUUAAACGGAGCAUCAAGCAAUUGCAUAAUGAUAUGGAAAGGAGGCAAGCAGUGAAAGAAGUCCAAGCUAUGGCAGCCUUAGGUUCUCACGAGAACAUAGUUCGAUAUUUCACCUCUUGGUUUGAGAAUGAGCAACUUUAUAUUCAGAUGGAACUCUGCGACCGCUGUCUAUCUAUGAAUCGGAACCAGCCAGUGAAGCGUGGGGAAGCCCUGGAACUGUUGUAUCAGAUCUGCAAAGGCUUGGAUUUCAUGCACGAACGUGGCAUAGCACACCUUGAUGUGAAGCCUGAUAACAUAUAUGUCAGAAAUGGUAUUUAUAAGCUCGGGGAUUUUGGCUGUGCUACACUUGUUAACCGGAGUCUAGCAAUUGAAGAUGGAGAUUCACGCUAUAUGCCUCCGGAAAUGCUGAAUGAUAAGUAUGAGCAUCUUGACAAGGUUGAUAUCUUUUCUCUUGGGGCAGCCGUCUAUGAGCUAAUAAGAGGCACCCCGCUUCCUGAGUCUGGAUCUCACUUUACAAGCAUUAGAGAGGGUAAGAUCGCAUUGCUUCCAGGGUGCCCGAUGCAGUUUCAAAGUUUAAUCAAGUCUAUGAUGGACCCUGAUCCGGUGAGGCGGCCUUCAGCAAAGGAGAUCCUGAGACACCCUUCGUUUGACAAGCUCCACAAGGCCUCAUCGAAGUAGAAGUGCUGCCGCGCCCCCGUCAGAUCAGAGCAGCCGGCAAAGGGAAUUCCGCAGCUGCGUCACAUUCACCAUCAGCUGCUCCCAAUUUUUGUGUAUCUAUCUAUCUAUAUGCGUGUGCCAUGUGCCCUGUUCUGAUACUGUAGAAGAUGGUUGGAAACGAAGCAGGGAUCUGAUUUUAACUCCAGGAACUGGAGCACGAGCAGCGUCUGUAAAGGACUAAAAGGCUGUUGCUGCUGUUGUGUUAAGGUUGUGCCUCUUUUUGGUUUCUGAUGCACGCUUGAAACCAUCAACCCUGUGCCUUUUUUUGGGGUGCUUGUUAUCAGUUGCAUCUGGACAGCGAAUGCUAAUUUGG